AUGCAAAUUGAUACCUCAUCUAAAAAAGAUUCUCAUAAAAGAUCAUAACUCUUAAAUCAAACUAAUUUUCUGGAUGUAAAAAGUAGCUCAACCAAGCAAUCAGCCAUAUCUCGUUUCUCAUUAUCUAAAUUGAAGCCAACUCCAAGUAAAAAUAAAGGUUCAGCUUCAUCUUUAUCUGGGGAAAAGCAAAACUAUCUUCUUUAUAAAAGCUAUAUCGAUUUGAGCUCUGAAUACAAAAUGAACAAAAUCAAAUUGAUCAAUGAAGAUUUUAUGGAGCUUGUCAGAGAUCUCAAGUCAAAAAGGUCUCAAGUAAUUGGUUACUUCGUCUUUUGA